AUGGUAAUUAAAGACGACACAUCCGAUGAUACGGUUUCGGAUACUUCAGACUUCAAUAAUGUACGAUAUAUUGAUGAGCCUGAACCUUCUAUGAGUAUUCCCCUCAAAAGGCAAAGACAUCGACGUAUUUCUUCUCAAACGCCUACACAGACAAUAUAUAUUGACGAUGAACAACCAAAUCGAUCUGAACAAGAACGACAUAAUUCUUGGCGGAGAACUCCUCAAUUUCUAUACAUGCUUUAUCCUGAUAAUAAUUCUUCUACAAAUUUGUCCAUAUACACCACCACCACCGGUCAACUAACUUUUGAAAGAGGUCAUUCUGGUCAUUCUCAUUUCAAUGAAAUGUGUAAUCAUAUUAUCUCUAAAAUCCGAUCUACUUUUGAUGCAAAUCCUCCGUUAUUAGAUUCAUCAUCAUCAUUAAUACAUGAAAUUCCAACAAGCUGGCUGGAAGAAUUAUACAAAAUUUUACCAUCUAUUAUUGAAAAAAUAUUAAAAGAUAAAUAUUUUACUUACAUUUAUGAUAUUGCCACGCGAGCAGCUAAAGAAGUUAUAAAGGAAUUCGUUAAAUCUGACCCCAAGAAUCGAGCAGAUUUUGCGUUACAUUCCGGGGGUGCAAGAGUUGUACCAUAUUUAACCACUUCACAAUUUACUGAAAAUCCAAAAGGAUUAUUAAAGAGAAAACUCGCGAUGUUAUUUGGUUUUGGAAUAACUCAAUUAAAACAACCCGAAAUUGUAAUUUCUUCUGAUAAUAACGUUGGUAAUUGUUAUUGCUUUGGAGGUUCAUCUGGACAGAUAGCGAUUGAUUUAAGUCGAUCCAUUGAAAUUUCAUCAAUAACUUAUGUUCAUUUGGAUCCAAAUCUGGCUUUAGAAAAGAAAGACCUGAAAAGUGCACCGAAAGAUUUCGAAAUUUUAGUGAUUAACGAGAGGAAUCAGACCGAAAUCAAUAACACAAAAACAAUUUGUUUAGGAAAGUUUACGUACAAAUUGAAUAAAUCGAGCGCACAAAACUUUGAAAUUAAUUAUAAUCAAAGUGAAACAAUUCCAAUAGCGAAGAGAGUUAUAUUUAAGGUGCAGAACAAUUGGGGUGAAAAGAAUUACACAUGCAUGUAUCAAAUUCAAGUGCAUGGAAAGGUUGUAACCAAUAAAGAUUAA